AUGGAAAGGACUUCAAAUCUACAUUUUUCGUCUUGCACAGAAUGUAUUUAUCAAACGAAGGAUGGCGCCCUAGACAUGCGAACACUUGGAAAUAUUAAAAAACCAAAAUUUGCCGAUAUACCAGAUCAAGAUAAGACAAAAUUGUUAACAUAUUCUUAUAAUGGAUGUUUUUCGUAUAAUGAAGGUUCAUGUAAAAAGGCAGCUGCGUGCAAAAAGGAUUUAGUUUCCAAAACCUCAUCAGUGAUUGCUAUUCAGAAAGAUCCAAAAUUCGACUAUUCUCAAGGAAUAUCAACGCUUGAAUAUACGAAUGGUAAUGAUAUCCAAGUUCAAGUCUUUUUAGUAUGUGAGGAGAAAGACGAGCAAGCGAAAGGAGGAAUGAUCGAUGCAAAAAGUUACGGAAUUUACAUUCUAAAUAAGUGUGCAUGCCCUGGUAAAUGUAAAUAUGUCGCGCCCAGAGGAUUAUCAGGUGGUGCAGUAAUCGUCAUUAUAUUUUUAUGUUUAUUAGUUGUGUAUCUAAUAGGUGGAAUAUUGUAUAUGAGAUAUAUGAGAGGUGCCCGAGGUGUUGAAAUGCUUCUUAGAUUAGUCGUUUAUUACAUGGUUCCUUUUUUGCAUAUAAAAUAUAUUUGA